AGCCUGUGCCUAUACCGUUUCCAACCACCUUUUAUGAAGAUCGGAGCAAAGUACAUUCUAUCUUGCAUUGGGAAUAUUUUCCCAUAAAAGUACGAAAAUAUUCCCAUAAAAGGUUAUAAAGGCUGUUCGCGGGCCUUGCUGACUGAAGCCAAUCUCCUCCAGAGAUUCUCGAUACAAAGUUGUUCGAACGGACUUUGCCCUGACCGAAGCUGAACUCGGCCGUGUUUCACAUUCGCAAUAAAAAAUGACAAAUUUGAAGUUUUGAACUUUGGAGACGGUUUACGGGAGCGAAGCGAAUGAAGCGUGUGACGUAAGUGAAACAAAAGGCACCUUAUUGGUGCGCCUACCGCCCAGAGUAACGAACGAACGGUGGUCGACUCGCGUCAGAAUCUCGGAAAACAAACAUGUCCACCUUUUCCGACUCGUUCAGUCAUGACGGCGAGGAUUCACGACCGGUCUCUUCCACUCGCCCAUUCGAUGACGAUGGUUACAUCGGCUAUGACCCGCGUCUCCCUUCUCAGCGUUUCGACGCCUUUGCCAAUUUUGCUGACAACGAGUCCGUCAAGGAAUCGGUCGGUGAUUCGUCGCCCAUCUUCAACACCACUUCGUACGGCGCUGGCGACGAUGGAUUUACUUCACAGCCGAUUCCUGAAACUCCAUCUCCCAUCUACGGUACCGGUGGUGGAUUUUCGGCUUUCUCGCCGGAGUCUAACGUUAAGGCUUUUGAUGAGGGUUUUGCUCCGACGGACGGGCCGAUCCUGCCACCUCCUGCAGAGAUGCAGCCGGAGGAGGGUUUUGCUCUCAGAGAGUGGAGAAGGCAAAAUGCUAUUCGAUUGGAGGAGAAGGAGAAAAGGGAGAAAGAAUUCCUGAACCAAAUAAUUGAUGAAGCAGAUGAAUACAAAAUUGAAUUCUACAGGAGGAGAAAGAUCAAUGUUGAAACAAAAAAACCUACUAACAGAGAAAAGGAGAAGCUAUUUCUGGCCAAUCGGGCGAAGUUCCAUGGCGAAGCAGACAAGGACUACUGGAAGGCAAUUGCAGGGCUCAUUCCACGUGAAGUUCCAGCUAUAGAAAAGAAGGGGAGGAAGGAACAGGAGAAGAAGCCUUCAAUUAUUGUAAUCCAAGGCCCAAAGCCCGGCAAGCCAACUGAUCUGGCAAGGAUGCGUCAGAUACUUGUUAAGCUCAAGCAUAACACACCCCCUCACAUGAAGACUUCCCCACCUCCAGCGCCAGCACCCGCCAAAGAUGCCAAGACUGGCAAUUCCAAUACUGGUACUGCUCCUCCCCCUAAGGCUGCUGCUGUGACCACUGCCCCUCAAGCUGUGGCUGUUGCUUGAGACUGCAUCUUGGGGGCCCUUCCUUCAUAGUUUAUACUCUGAGUUCGUAUAAAAUAAUGCUCAUUGAGUGAGUUUGUGUAUUUGGUUUCUGGCCAUUUUCCUGAGCAUGCAAGGUUAGACGUCUAGUGUUUUCUGGAUUUUUUUAUUUUUCUGGUGUAGAGAAGUAGAUGCAUUAUUAUUAUUUUAGUUGUAUUGGUUUUGGGUGGUGUGAAUGUUGCGUUGUGCCCCAUAUUUGCUCGUAACUGUGACCUGAUGCGAAGUGUGAUUUGUUAACUUA